GUGUCGGGCGUGCUCAACAUCGCGCAGCUCGUCGCGGUGCUCGUGUGCUUCGUUGUCAUCGAUAAAGUCGGGCGGCGGCCCUUGGCGCUCUAUGGUGCGAUAGGGAUGGCGGUGCCGUAUGUCAUCAUGGCGGUCCUGGUCGAGCUGUUUGACAAGGACUGGCCGGCGCAUGUGGCGGCCGGGUGGGCGACGACGGCCAUGGCGUUUGUGUAUAUCCUGGUCUACGGCGUGAGCUACAGCCCGCUGGCGUGGGCGCUGCCGGCGGAGGUGUUUCCGAGCGCGGCGAGGGCGAAGGGGGUCGCGCUGAGCACGGCGACGGUGUGGUUGAGUAAUUUUGUGGUGGGCGUCAUGGUGCCGCCGAUGAUUCAGAAUGCCGGGUUUGGGACGUAUGUGUUUUUUGCGGUGUUUUGUGUGCUCGCGGCGGUUUGGGCGUAUUUUUUGGUGCCCGAGACGAUGGGGCGGACGUUGGAGCAGAUGGAUGAGGUGUUUGGGGAUGGGGCGGCGGAAGAGGAGAAG